AUGCGGAUACAGAAGGACAUGUUUGAAGCUGAAACAGAAGAUACUAGUUCAAUUCAAAGCCUGAUGACCGCAUGGACAACCGACGGAAUUACAUCAGUUUCGGGGCUAUGCUGCAAGACCUGCCCGUCAGUUAAGAAAGCCGAUCCUCACAACAUCAUCGAGAAAUCUCGCUUAUCUGUCGAUAACGGGGGGCCACCCCAACACUUAUACAUGUUGGUACAUGCGGCCUUGAUCAUUGACGAAUCGGGGCAGCAAUCAUUCAUGGCAAGUUUGGAUUUCCCUUUCAAGUUGGAUUUCCACGGGGUUGGCUACACCCUUUUCUCUCGUGGGUUCUGGAACAGCACCCAUUACUGGACCAAGAUGUUCAAGGACAUCGGCGGGAUAUCAGGUGUAUGGAUGCACGAUGAUCAAGCAAAUGGGGGUAUUGCUCGGCUGGUCAGUCCAGAUCAUACCCAACUUGCUGGAGCCGCCCCCCACACAAGCUGGGUGUUUUACUCUCGACCGUGGACUUCCAGCGAGGAGAAAUUUGUAGCCGAGAGCAUCGCCAGCAUCCGCCGUGACAACAAAAAUGCGCAAGGACUGGUUCCGUUUGCCCAUCUGCGCAUGAUCCUCAACCUCUCUGGCAAAUCAAUUCAGAUUCCGACAAUAGAAGAUACGCUGACGAUGGAAGAGACACCAACAAUGGCGGCUUCUAAUCUUGAGAGGGCUCUGGGUCAAACACCAAGAGCCAUCUGUACGACAUCUGUUGGCAUCCAACCAAACGAUCUCAAACGAAAGCCGUCCGGGGAGUUCAAGGUUUGUUUGAAAAUCAUGAAGGGCCCGGAAACAAGCCCUGUGGCCAAAAUUGAAGAUGAAGAACCACCAGUCCCACCGACAAGCAAAGAAGUUAUGCCACCAAAGAAGAAAUUGGAUAGCAUUCCAAAAUCAAAGAUAAUCAAGCCAUUCCGGGCCGGAAGUCGAGCAAGCACCCGCAAAUCAGCUUCGCAGGGUUGA